UUCAAAGCUGAAAGAUAUAUGGUCUAAAGAUAGCGCAAGAAUUUCAAAACGUGAUUUUAUAAAUAAACAUUCAGACUAAUUAGCGUUGUUAUAUAAAGACAAUAUAUUUGAAUAAGCCCCUUUCCUAAUUUUAUUAAAUGAGAUUGUAAAUGAGUGCUCAGAGUGCUUAUAAAACAUUAAAAAAGCUAUAAUCGAGGUAAUCGAGGCUUCGCAUCCAUGGUUGUAACCAAAAAAAUUCUUGAUAAACAGUAACGAAAAAAUGCUGUUUAAAUAUGCGAAAGCUUCAAAAAGAAAUGCAGUUGCCUUUAAUAUGCCAGCCAUCAGUAUUAAUAUUCUGUUAAGAGCUGUAAGGUAUACGAGAAGAAUAUGGUAUUAAGUUUUCUUUUCCAUUUAUUAUGCAUUUUACUGAUAGUGGACUGCGGACAAGCAAACAUUGAAAAUGAUGAUUAUGUUGAUCCGGAGGAGCCCCUAGAUGAUCACUUAACCCGGCCUAAUGUGGAGUACCCCCAAAGCGAUGUUGAAGUAAAUGAACACUACGACGAUCACUACGAAAACAAUGAUCAUAUUACAAUUGGCCCCACCGAUCAACCAGAUCCUCAAACCGAGUCAUUUUCAGUUAUUGGUGUUCAAUCAUAUGAUGAUCACAUAACAAAUGAAAUGGAAUUUGUUGAUCACAACCUGAAUGACGAACUUGACGAACAACACUUUCCAGAAUUACACAACGAUCAAGAAUAUUCCGACUUAGAUUCCGAUCUAAGUAAUUACGAAAUAGAAGAUCGAAUAGUGCGGUAUGCAAUGCAAAGGCGUGAAGAAAUUUAA